CAAACGAAUUACCAGCGCCACCAAGCCUUUAUUAGGAAACUCUUCCGGUGUAAUCUCUCUCUUCGCUGCUUCAUCGGGUUCGCCACCAUGGUGAAUGUCCCGAAAACGCGCAGGACUUACUGCAAGAAAUGCAAGAAGCACCAGCCUCAUAAGGUUACCCAGUACAAGAAGGGCAAGGAUUCCCUCUACGCCCAGGGGAAAAGGAGGUAUGACCGUAAGCAGAGUGGUUACGGUGGCCAGACCAAGCCCAUUUUCAGGAAGAAGGCUAAAACUACAAAGAAGAUUGUGUUGAGGCUUGAGUGUGUGGAGCCCAAUUGCCGUUCGAAGAGAAUGCUGGCCAUCAAAAGAUGCAAGCACUUUGAGCUUGGUGGAGACAAGAAGAGAAAGGGCCAGGUCAUCCAGUUCUAGGCCGUCACUCGUCUGGACUUUCAAUUUUCAAUAAAGUGCUAAAAAUGAA